CCUUGCAUGUCCAGGGGCCGGAAGCGGAGGUCCCUGUAGCCCUGGGGGGGAGCUCUGGAUGAGAGCAGGAGGAUGUGGAGAGCUGGGGACCGCUAGAAGCUGGAGGCUGGUCCAGCAGCAUUUAAUUCAGGAAGAGAAAGACAGACAGAGAGAGAUGCAACGGACUGAAGAACAAAAUCAACCCCGAUUUCAACUUUUCGAGUUACUGAUGAAAAGAAAGAAAAGGGCAGUGUGGCUUUCGAGCGUUCUGCUUCUUCUCUCACUUGUAAUCAUUGCCGUUGGUAUUUUCACUGAAACAAGGACUGAGAAUAUCAGCAUCAUCGGCUAUGCAUCUGGAAUAAUUCUUGCUUUUGGAUCAUUUCUGGGACUGCUGGGACUGUUCCUGGAUGAAAACCGGAAACAACUGUUGGUUGCAGCCAUCACCUUCCUCAGUUUUGGAAUUGUAGGAGCUUUCAUCUGUGUCGUUGUGGAUGGUGUCUUCACAGCUGUCAGCAUUGAUCUAAGACCACUUCAUGCAGGGAGAUGCCAGUAUUAUACCAGUGGACAGAACUACAUUUAUGAGAAUUAUCUGGCAACUGUGCCUUGCCAGAGUUUCACAGAAUCAUGCAAUCUGAAAGUGCGGAGUAACACUUGCUAUUGCUGUGACUUGUACAAUUGUGCAAAUGGUGACUAUUUGAACAAUUACUUUGAGUUUGUUGGAGUGAAGAGUUGCCAGGAGAUUCAGUCCAUUUACAUCAUGAUUUGGCUGGUAACCACACUCAAUGUGUCUGCUUUUAUUUUGGGAAUUGCCACCUCUGCCAUUCUUGGGAACUUCAAAAAUAUGGAGUCUCUCAUUGGACCUGAUGUUAGUGUCCAGCUAUUGAACUUUCAAAAUUCCAGGUGUAAGGCCAAAGAGCAGGCACAGAGCCAGCCCAGUAUAUCUCCCUCAGCACCUCUCCUUCUACAAGAAGAAGGUGGAGACACAAUGCAGCAGAGGCCCUCUGUUCAUUACAUGUCAGUGCCAGCAACUACAUCUUUAACAUGUUGUAAUCAUAGCCACAUGAAGAUAAAUAACAACCCUCCACCAUUUGCUCCAUUGUAUAACUUCUUGCCAGAAAAGCCACUGGGAUAUCUGAUAUGAUCAGUGAUUAGCCACUUGUGUGUACAGUGAACAGCCCCAGCCUACAGAGAGGCUUAAAAAGAUUAGACCAAAGAGAUGACUUUGAUGGAUAUGAAAACUAGUGACUGUGAGUCAGCAGCAACUUUUAAAUCCUUCCAGAUUCUUAUUUCCUUUGUCUUCAAUUUUCAUUGACUGCAAUGUUUAAUGGCUAUUAGAAUCGCCUGUUUGACAAAACCAUCUUCCAUUGUUUCACCAGAAGCAUAUAUAUUCCACAAAAUCUCUUUGAAUGAGUUAAAAGAUUUAAAGCUACCCUAUUGAUUUAUUUAGCCAUUGUGUCAUCAGUAUGUCACACAUACGAUGUAGACAAUGCAUAAUAUUGAAGUAUUGGCUCUCUGUUACGACAUUGUAAAUAUUUAUAUCAUGCAAACGGUAUUUUCAAAAGAUCAGCUGUUUAAUAGAAUCCAUUUACAAAGAAAGUGCCUGUAAUAUCACAGGACGGAACAAUAUUCCUGUACUCCUAUUUGCAGUUAUCAUCUGUAGCUAAUCCAAUUUCAACCCACAAGGAACAGUGCAAAAGAAUCAUAUGGACCAAUAGGACUUCAGUUUCUGAAGUACCAUCAACCUCAUUGUGCUGGUCUGAAUGGACUGUAUGUUUCAGGAUUAAUCUUUCUAGUUUCCAGUUGUCUUCUCCACCUGAAUCCUUUAUAGACCUGAAGCUAUAAAAUACCGCUGCUUUUGUCUGAAAUCACACCAACUUGCUGCUGCUGUACUCAUGUGUAUUGGCUUCAAUUCCACUCUCCUCCAAUUGUCUUGAAUUUCCCUAUUGCCAUAAUCUCCUUCAGCCCUAAAGCCCUCUCAGUCGCUGUGUUCUUCCAACUCUAGCCUUUUGUGCAUCUCCCAGUUCACCCUACAAUUACUGGCCAUUCCGUCAAUUCUACACUCUGAAGAGCCUUGCUAAAAUGCUCCCUUUGCUUUGCAAUGUAAUCCAAUCCAGAAUCACAGCACACAAGGAGAUAAAGAGGUUUGCUGUGUCUGACAUUCUAAAUCAGCAACACAUCUAGUGGCAUUACCUCACCCUCUCCCUAUUCAUUGUGGCGACAGGUUCAUUCAAGACUUUGAAAAGAGAAUUCGAUUAUUAUCUAAGAAAGAAGAAUCCACAAGUGAACAGGAAGAAGAUAUUGUUCGACACUGCAUUCCAGACCCUCAGCAGUCCCUGCAUGAAAGUUCUUCCCUAUGUUGUCAUUACAUCUUUUGCAAAUGAUGUUGAAUCUGUUCCCCUGGGUUCUUGGCCAUUUCACUACUGUGAACAGUUUCUCCCUAUCCCCUUUGUCCAGGCCCUUCACAAUCUUGAACCCCUCCAUGAAAUGUCCUCUCAACUCCCCUCUCCGGGGCAAACUGGCCUGAAUUUCCCAAUCUAGCUAUGCAAUUGAACCUCUUCAUCACUGGAAUAAUUGUUUUGAAUCUUUUAUGCACUGUCUCCAGUGCCCCUACACUGUUCUGAAAAUGUGAUGGUUAAAACCAGACACAAUACCCAAUUAAGGCUGGACCCUGAUUUGUAUAAAUUUGACAUAUCUUCCUCACUCUUGUUCUGUGUCCUGACGAUCUUAUCUCUCAGGAUGUGGAAACAAAUACUUCUCACCUCAAGUCAAAUCCUAGGUCUUUAUCUUAGAAAAAUCUGGCAUCAAUUUCAUGCAAGACUAACAGGAAGUGGGCUGUGCAGCACCUUCGGUGGAUCACGUGACUCGCGUUAAGAAGGUAAGUAUUUCAGCACAAGGUGCAGAGCUGGAUGAACACAG